AAGCAUAGACGACGAACUUCCCGUGUUCAACUCAAGAUACUAGAGAAAUCAUUUUCUGAGAAUGCAAAGCCAAAUGCAAGUAUUCGUCGUAGUUUAGCACAAAAACUUGACAUGACGCCCCGUGGUGUCCAAAUUUGGUUUCAAAACCGAAGAGCAAAAGCAAAG